UCAGUCAUCCAUUUUCCCUCGAGCCCAUUCCUCAGACUCUCUCCUCUCCCAACUCUCUACCCUAGGUUACAAUCUCGCCCACCGCUACAAGGAGAACCUCAGCGCCGCCGUCCGUUGCGCUCAGGGGCCACCGUUUCCUCCACUGCUGUGCCUUGUUCCCCCAGCCCCUUCGCCGGUCUCCUUCCUUCAGAAAGCAGAACUGCCCUCGACCACCGCCGCAAGGAGUGGGCCACAGCCGCUGCCCGUCGCACUCAGGGGCUUCUCUUUUCGUCCUUUCGGCGUUCUCCAAGUUCCAAGCUCUGCGUUUGUCUGGAAGCCACGUUGUUCUGCUUCAAACUCUGCGACUAACCCGCGCCCUCCGCCUAGCCGUCGAACUGCUCUCUUUUGUCGCCGACGUGAGUUCCCUAAACCUGCCACCAGACGAUACACUCACACAACACCAAUACUCUGCUUCAAACUCUGCAACUUCUGAUUUCCAUUACAAUAAUUGUUCCGGUUGAACCACGGUUAGACCGGUUGGACCAAUGAACCAGUGACUAGAGCAGUUUGAUAACCGGUCUGGUUUUCAGAACCUUGGUAAAAACAUAUCAACCUGCCUGAUCGACCGAAUCCAUUCCCCCAAAACCACUCUGCGCGUCCACCAUUCACGGCGCCACUGUCGCUGCCACAUGCCUGGCCGUCGACGCUGUUGUUAGUCACCGGCAGCGAGUAUCUUCUGUUUCUCUCCUUAAAGAAUAGGAUCAUUAAUCAUGGAUGCACAAGCUAAGAAAAAGGCAGAUUUUCGUGCUAAAUUGGCCCAGAAGAAAGAAAAGCGUAUAGAUUCUCCCCUUGUAAGGUAUAAUGAAUUCAAUCAACCUGUUUGUCGGGUUUGUGAUCUUGUUCUGAAGUCUGAAUCUAUAUGGGAUGCACACCAAAUCUCCCGUAAGCAUCGCGAGGCGAUUGAUAAUCUUAAAGCUAAUGCAGCUGGAUUAACUCAGCAAAACAAUGCAAAGCCUGCUGUUGGUAACAGAUUUCCCAAAGCCAAACCUGAACAACCUUCCGAACCACUAUCCAAAAAGCCUGAACCUUCACAAGAAGUACCUAAAGCCCAGUCGUCGUCUGUGCUUCCACCAAAUUUUUUUGAUGACAGUGCAAGGAAAACCGAAAAGAAAUCUGAUUCAGGAAGAAAUGUGGGAGUUUCUGCUCAAAGUCAGGUGUCAAAGUUGGAGGAAAGAGGUCAUUUUCGUGGUCAUGAUGCUGCGCCGUCAAAGGUUAGUCAAGCAACAACAGAGACUAGGCAGACCUCAGCCAAAACUUCUGAUGCAGAGGACAGCCAAACAAAAGGAUCUCUGCCUGAAGGCUUUUUUGACAAUAAGGAUGCGGAUUUACGGGCACGUGGCAUUAAGCCUGUGAAGCCAGAUGUCAAAAGGAGUUUGAGAAGCUGAUUCAAGAGGACUUGAAGGAGGUGGAUGACCGAUUGGAAGAAGAAGAGAUUGAUGCUGCUGAAAUGAUAGAAGAAGCUGAAUCCGUUGAACAAAAGAUCUUCAGGGAGAGAGUGGAAAUGUUGAAGAAAAAGAGACUGGAGCUGAAAGCAGCAAAGUCAGCAAAGCGAGGUAAAACUUGUGAGGGUGAAACCAAGGAGGAGUCAAGGCAUGAAGAAGAGUCAUCCAGUGAUGAUGAAAGUGGUGAGAAUUUUGCUGUGGACUGGAGAGCACAACACUUGUGAAUGCUAAUUGAUAACUAACACUUGAUAUUUGUUUAAUUCUAUAUACUAUGUACAUUAACACCACAGUUUGUAUGUAGAACAAUUUACUCAACAGUCAACAUCCACUUGUUUUAAGAUGAGCCAUUUCGGUUUCCCUGAAA